AUGUCUCUUCCCAGGUAUGCGCCUGAGAUUGCCCAGCUCGGCGGAGUUCGUGGGCCUGAGUUCCUACCUUUUGCUCUCUACAACUUAGCUGGGAUACCGAGCAGAUAUAUCGAGAGUCUGGAGGCUGGACUUGAUGAGAACAACAUAAUUGGGACUGAGCCAAAUGCGAUUCACCUUGUCAGCCUUGCUCCGGAGUCCGUGCUGCAGCAAGAGACCUUACACGAUGCUCUCGUUGCCCAUAUCCAAUACUGCACUGCUCACAUGGACAAGUUGGACUAUUUUCCAUUCGGGUUUUUGGCCGCGCACGAUAGGUGCUGGGACCGCCAGGGACUCUAUCUGGUCUACAUUGAUUUUGAGGAACCUUUCGAGGUUACUGGAUUCCGGGUUCCAUUAGACGAUGUUUCUACUGCUGUGAACAUCUUGAGAGAUAAUGACAACGGAGCUAAGGAGGUACGCGACAUCUACGAUAUGGGUAUGUUGAAGUGA